GGACAACUAUGAAAGAACUUUUCCUUUAUGCGUUCAGCCUCUACCCUACAGCGUCGCUCUCUAAAACCCUGGGAUAUUAGGUUUUUGUCCCGCUUCUGUUCGCUUCGUCUCCUGUUUACAGGGAGGAGGGGCCGGAGGAGGCCGAGCUCUCUGCGCAUGGCAAACAGUGAUUCCAGGCUGAGGAGACAAGAGAAGGAAGGGAGAAGAGCCGGAGAGCUGACACUCAGGUUUUGUUGUAAGCAAGUUCCCGCGCAUAAGCAUGUGAAAGACACUAAAGGCCCAGACCCAGGUUACAACCAAAGUCUUGUCCUGCAAAACGUGAAGUCCUUUUUACCUCCUUUUUCCCCUCUUCUUGUAUCAUAAUGGACCAUCGACAGGCCCAAGAGGAUGAGACUGGCUCUCUACUCUGUCUGGCUCCAAGCCCCCAAAGUGAAGCAGUUGCCCAUGAUUUUGAGGAAUUGUCCUUGCAGUCAGUCCAGCAUUUACCUCCACUUAAGGAACGAAAGAAUGUGCUUCAACUGCGUCUACAACAAAGGCGAACAAGAGAACAACUUGUAGACCAGGGCAUCAUGCCACCUUUAAAAAGUCCUGCCGCAUUUCAUGAACAGAUCAAAAGCUUGGAGCGUGCCAGGACUGAGAACUUCCUGAAGCACAAGAUUCGCAGUCGACCUGAGCGAUCCGAGCUUGUGAGGAUGCACAUUUUAGAAGAGACACAUGCUGAGCCCUCCCUGCAGGCAACACAAAUGAAAUUAAAGAGGGCACGACUAGCAGAUGAUCUCAAUGAGAAAAUCGCUCAAAGACCGGGACCAUUAGAGUUGGUUGAAAAGAACAUCCUUCCCGUGGACUCCAGUGUUAAGGAAGCUAUUAUAGUUGGCCAGACGGAUUUUCCUGAAAACACAGAUGCUUUUUCAUUUGAUGAGGACAGUGAUGCCUUUUCACCAGAACAGCCAGCAAGCCAAGAAUCUCAGGGAUCAGCAGCUUCUCCUGCAGAGGUCAAGCUCUGCGAGUCUGCCUCUCCUCUAUCCAUUAGUAGUGUUCAGUGCCAAGCAGUAAGUUCACCUCUGCCAGACUUUUUCAAGCCUGUUCCUGCCGUUGAACCCCCUACACGAUCCCCUGUACCAACUACAAUCUUGAAGCCUGGGCCAACACUGGUUAAGCAAAGUCAACCAAAGAAUGCAAAUGACAAGCCACGCAGUAAGAAGUCAAAGGAGCCCAAGCCACGGGUAAAAAAGCUAAAAUAUCACCAGUAUAUUCCACCAGACCACAAAGGGGAAAAGUUGGAACCGGAGAUGGAUUCCAAUUAUGCCCGUCUCCUGCAACAACAGCAGCUCUUUCUUCAGCUCCAGAUUCUGAGCCAGCAACAGCAGCACUACAACUACCAGACAAUCCUACCAGCACCGCUCAAGACUUUAAAUGACAAACCAAACAAUGGAAACUCCAUAACUAGCAAUGUGACUACCAGCACUUCAUCGGCCCAAAACACUACCAACAAGCAAAACAGCAUCACAUUCAAAAAGGCAGGACCGCUACCUUUUAAUCUGGAUGAUAUGAAGGUUGCAGAACUGAAAUUGGAAUUAAAACGAAGAGGCUUGCCAGUAUCUGGGACAAAAACAGAUCUCAUUGAACGUCUGAAGCCAUACCAGGACCUAAACAAUAAUGGUGUUAGUGCAAACAGUGCCACAAUUGUAACCACCACUACCACCACAACGGUACCCAAUAGUGGUGUGGCAGAUGAGGCUAUAAUGGCAUUUACCACUGCUGCUGUUAGUAACUGUGCUCCCACUUCAGAAGUAACCUCUACUUCAAAUGGAAACAGCCAGCAAACUUUGGAUGGUAUCAACUCUCCAUUACCCAUGUCUCCUGCCCCUUCUGAACAAUCCAACUUCAGUACUGAAGACACUACCAUGACAGACACUUUUGCAGAGAUUAUGACCAUGGUGUCUCCUUCCCAGUUUAUGAACACCUCACCUAUGAAGGUCAACAUAAAUGAGGAUAGCAUGGGGUCAACCAUUGUAACCACUACAAACAUGGACUUAGAUGCUGCGGAGAAGGACCGCAAGCUUCAAGAAAAAGAAAAGCAGAUUGAAGAGCUCAAACGGAAAUUAGAACAGGAGCAGAAGCUUGUGGAAGUCCUGAAAAUGCAACUCGAGGUGGAAAAGCGUGGCCAGCAACAACCGUGCUCUAAUGUCCUAGUAAACGUGGAUCAGAAGCAUUUCAAUGCAAAGAUUAAAGAAGAAAACAUGUCUGACUGCCAGAAUUCUACCCAAACUGUUCUGAGUGGUCAAUUGAUAGGACAACCCACAGUGACCUCCAGCGGCCAGAGUAUCAUUGCCAACAACACUUUAGUCAUCAAACAUGAAGUUCCUAUAGCCAACCCUGAACAUCAAAAUAUUAUCCAGCAGUUUUAUGUGACAUCUCAAAGAACACCUCAAACUGCAGUGGUGGCUCAGCCACAGGCAUUACUGACUACACCGACUGCUCAGAUUCUGCUGCCUGUCUCCAUCAAAACCGCCAAUGCAAUGCAGCUGUCAAUGGUUCAGGCCCCACCACAAGUACCAAGUACAUCUCAGCCUUCAGCUCUGAAUUCCACCCCUGCUACACUGGUCCAAGCACCAUCAUCUCAGAAGGCUCCAGCACAAGAGAAGUUUACACCACAAAUGCUUAACCGAAAGGUCUGUCCACCUGCAACUUCAAACAACAUAUUUUCAUAUCCAAAAAAUCCAGUCACCUCGGUUCCUCCAUCAUUCAACAGUAAUGUACUGACUACUUCCCAGUCUGCAAGAACACAGCAAGCUUCCCCUGUACAAAAUGGGUCAACAUUACUUCAUGAGUCUACCACCACAUCCCCAUCCCAGCAGUACAUUGUCCAGCAUUCUGUGUUUAACAGCUCAGCUGCUAAAAAUAAAGACCCUCCCCGAUAUGAAGAGGCCAUCAAGCAGGCCCGUAAUAUUCUGCCUCCGUCUCACACAGAGAUUACAAAUGCACACAGCCAGCAGAUGGAUGAUUUGUUUGAUAUACUCAUCAAAAGUGGAGAAAUUUCUCCACUUAUAAAAGAACCUUCUCCAAUAUCAAAGAUGAGACCGGUUACUGCAAGUGUAACCACCAUGCCAGUGAACACUGUUGUAUCAAGGCCACCACCACAGAUACACGUAGCCCCUCCAUUGUCUUUGGAAUCAACAAACAGUCUGUCUAUUAGCUUAGAAAGCCAACUGGAGGCCUUCUUAGAUGGAACUCUACCAUCGGGAACUGACAUUCCUCAUCUAGAAAGCCAUAGUGAUGGCAGAGAUACAUUUUCUCUAAUCGAUGACCUGAACAAUGAUCUUCACAGCAUACUGGACCAUGAUUCAACACCAAUGGAGACCACUGACACCCCAUUCACUGCAAACAGUUGCUUAUCAUUAGACCUCCAAGACACAAACCUGGACAACAUGGAGUGGCUGGAUAUUACGAUGCCCAACUCGGCCUCUUCUCUUACUCCUUUAAGCUCUACCAUCCCAAGUAUGUUCUCCACUGACUUUUUGGAUACUAAUGACUUACACUUGCAAUGGGAGUAAAAUUUUACUGUAGAUCUUGGAUUUUACUUUGAAAAUAUAGGCUGGAAAAUGGCUGUAAUUGCAGCAGUUACACCAAACAGCAGAAUACAAAGUGAUCUGCAGCAUUUAACUGCACUGGAUUUCCAAAUAUGUUACUGGCAGGCCACUAGGGAGAGACACUACAGUGUACAGGUAAAAAUCAAAACCUAAAAGGUAACUGUACUGGUAGGUCAAGAAUUCUGAGAAAUCUGAAAGCUGAAAGAUUAAAAAUGGAAUGAUCAUUGGGGUAAUUGUAUACAGAUCUACAUUAAUGAGGCAUCUGUAUGUUUUUUUGUUUUUCACUAAACAUAACUGCACUUGACUGUUCCUGUGAACAGGCUGAGCCUAUAUGAAUAGAUGGCAAAGCACUGACUGGUUCAGGGUUCGCACUCAAAUCUUCACAAGAUCUUACAUAAUGUGUUAUUGGCUUUAUAUGUCAUACCAUAUGAAAGGAUGAUAAAAACCUUGUAAAAAAAUAUAUUCUACAUUUUCCUGUCAAAUCAUAGAUAAGCCUACAUCUUUAAUUUCCAAAAAAAAAAAAAAAAAAAAAACGCAAAAUCUUACAUUUAUAUAAGGCUGUUUAUAAAUCAUUACACAAUGGUAACUAUUGCUGGAAAAUGCUGGUUCAAUGUAUUUGUUUUAUACAGUUUUUAUUUUGUAAAAUUGUGUUGCUUUAUUUUAUAUUGCCUUUUGUAACUGUUGACAACAAAAGGGAUUUUUAUGGCCUCCUACUCUAAACCUACUGUAAUAUACUGUACAAAAUUGUAUGAAAUGAUUUUUUUAUGGAGAGGUCACAUGCUAUAGAUUAAACGCACAGGCAUUUUGACUGUCCCAAAUUGGCAUGCACAAAAAAACAAAUAUAUAUAUUAAAAAAAAUGUUAGGCUAGACUAUGUAGAUUCUAGUCUAUAUGUGGGAGAAGAAAGGGAUAUGAACUCAGAACUGUCCACUACAAAGAGACAUGUAUAUAGAAUAUUUUUGGAGAAAAAAAGUUGUAAACCUUGUAAAUAUAGUAAUAAACAUAAAUAUACAAAUGGAGAAAUGAGACUGUAAAUACAUAACACAGACUGGUGUUUUCAUGACUAAGAGUAGCUGUAAGCUAUUUCUGCAUGUAGUAACGGGCAUAAUUUUACAAGAAAAGGAAUCUGCCAUAGUCAUACCUGACCUUUCUGAAGCCGUCCAGUGAUUCACACCUAUAUCAUAGAAUACUGGUUCCAUGUUCUUAUCUUGGAGGGCUAAGCAGUAUUAUAAAACAUACCAGUAAAAUUGUAGACACUAGUUCUAGGGCUAAGCUGCUGGUGUGACAUGAGGAAAACACCUUUUGCAGUUUUAUUACAACCUUACCAUAUUUUAUGUGCACAUAUGAUUUUUUUUUUUUCUUUUUGGGUAUUUAUUUUUCUUGUUUUCAACACUGAGAAUCAUAGAAUCAUAGAAAACAAAAAGAAUCCCAAAAAUAAUUUUUAAUGAACCAAAUUUUAGCUUUUUUAAUAUUUAAGGACUCAAAUGUAAAGUUGUAAUGGGGUUAAAUGGGUUACCUGGAUCAGAAAAAGGGUCUGUUUUUUACAGGAAUGCUAUGUUCACACAACAUUUUAUGAUCUGUGAUUUUAAAAUUGUCUUAAAUUACGCCUGGCCGGGCCUGAUUUUUCACAAAUUUUGGCUGCAUUUUUAGCUAUUAUUUGUACUGUGGCAAAAGCUGGGUAUUUUCAUUUUUAUCAUAUUUUGGGCUAUUUACAACGGC